AUGGAGGUCGAUUCCAAAUCAAAAGAGAUUGAACAAUAUGAUCAAUGGUUAUAUUGUUCAAAUUGUUUAAAUGGAGUGUUGGAAUAUAAACAUUUGGGUUUUUAUAUUGAUAUGGAGGGUGUUUAUCUCGAGGUUCUAAGAGAUAGUUCAAGUAUUUUUAAUAAUAAUCAUUUCUAUGAUCACAACUAUAGAGAUGGUGCUGAUAUUAUAGAUCAAUUACCAAAUAUUGAUAGAUAUCAUUUAGUUUCAAAAUCAUUACAACAACAAUAUUCAACAACAGUCAAUGAUAAUAGUUAUUAUAUGUUUGAUUCAAGAAAACAUGAUUUAUUAGUCCAAAAACCAUAUUUAAUGUGUAGCUAUAAAGAAUGUUAUAAUAUAAUUGGUUUCUAUCAUAUGAAUCCAUUUAAAAAGGUAUUUUCAUUUCGUCUUGAUCAUGCAAAAACAAUUUUAGACUUUGGAUAUGAAGAUAAACCAUGGAAAUUCUUUUUAAAUAAUCCUAUUUUCGAAAAAAUUCAAGUUUAUAAAAAUCAAGAUAUUGAUUAUUAUGGUUUUAAUUCAAUAAAUAAAAAAUAUAAUAAUAAUAAUGAUAAUAAUAAUAAUUUUAAUAAUAAUAAUAAUAAUAAUAAUAAUAAUAAUAAAAAUAAUAAUAAUAAUAAUAAUAAUAAUAAUAAUAAUAAUAAUAAUAAUAAUAAUAAUAACAAUAAUAGUUUAAAUAGUUUAUUUAAAAAUAAUGAUAAUAGUAAUAAAUUUCAACCAAGAAUGGAAACAAAAGAUGUUCAUUAUAAACCAACAAAGUUACCACAAGAAAAACCAAUGAUACCAAAAUUUAAAGAAGGUGUAGAAAUUAUACCAAGAGAUUAUCAAAUUGAAAGUUAUUAUCAAUCUACUCAAGAUAAUACAUUAUUGGUAUUACCAACUGGUAUGGGUAAGACAUUGGUAUCAAUAAUGACAUUGUUAGAGAUGUUUAGUAUAAAUGAUCAAGAUAAUUCAUGUGGUGAUUCAAAGAGGAUAGCUUUGUUUUUGGUUGAUAGAGUACCAUUGGUUACACAACAAGCCGGUGCAAUUGAAGCAAUUACAAAUUUAAAAGUAUGUAAAUUAUAUGGUGAAAUUAAUGAUAGUAGAACAAGAGCAUUUGUUAGAUCAAAAGAAUAUGAUGUAUUGGUGUCCACAGUCGGUAGUUUAGUGAAUCUUUUAGAGGUACGUCAUUUGAAUAUACUCGAUUUCUAUUUCAUCACUUUUGAUGAAGUUCAUCAUGCAACUGGUGAACAUGAUUUCAAUAAGGUGGUUGAUUACAUUCGUAAAACCGAUUUAAACUAUAGACCAAGAAUCUUGGGUUUAACGGCUUCACUUGUAAGUAUUGGUAAUUCAACGAUUGAUAUAGUUCAAAGAUCAAUCAAAGAUAUGGAGGAAAGAAUGCUUUCAAGAGUUUUCAAACCAACAUCAUUACUUACAAAUUCCACUCAAUCAGAAUUACAACCUGAAUUGGUUUCGUUCAAAACCUCUGGUCAAGAAUCAUUAAUAGAAACUUCGAUUUGUGAAUUUUUGGUAUCAAAUAGUAAAGAAUUACAAAUCUUUUUAAAUUAUAGUGAUGUUGAUUUGGAUGGUGUUAGAGGUAAUCCAUCUUUUUUAAAAGCAUUGGAAAGAUUAGAUAAAUAUUCCAAACAAUUAGAAUCAAUCUAUAUAGAGUAUACAAAAGUAUUGAUAGAACUAUAUGCAUUGUUAUCAGUAUUGUCAACAGAAGGACCAAAACAAGUUUUAACUAGAUUGGAUCUUUUAAUGCAAUCUACCAAUCAAGAGAAUGAACUCUACAAUAAAUUAUUGGAAUUAAGAUAUUACAUUAGUGGUCAAUAUGAAGAUAGGGAAUCAAAUUUUGAAAAAGGUUCAACUCGUUAUAGAAAGUUAAUCAGUUCUUUAGAAUAUGCAAUUAGCGAUGCAUCCGAUGGUGAAUUACAAAAGGAUUUAAGAAUUUUAGUUUUUGUUGAAACUAGAUUCGGUGCAUCAAAUUUAACUUCAAUGUUAAAGAAAGAACCAUUCCAAGAGUAUUUACACACCAAGAGAUUGGUUGGUCAUAAUGGUGUCGACGGUAUGGAUUCAGAGAAACAACAAAGUAUAAUUAGAAAAUUUAGAGAUGGUAAAUGUAGGUUAAUAGUUACAACAAAUGUAUUGGAAGAGGGUAUUGAUGUUCAAGAUUGUAAUAUAGUAAUUUGUUAUGAUGGUAUAUUAAGUUUAAAAUCAUUAAUUCAACGUAGAGGUAGAGCUAGAUCAAAAAAUGAAUCAAAAUUCAUUAUAAUUUAUAAUGAUGAUAAAGAUUUAAAAAUAUUAGAUAUAUUAAGUAGUGAAAAUUUAUUAAAUAAUUCAAUUAAUCAAAUUUUAUCAAAUAGAGAGAGACAAGCUAUUACAAAAAAUCAAUUUUUAAAUUGGAAGAAAUUAAAUAUUAAUAAUGAAUAUUUUACAAAUAAUCAACUUGAUGGUGGUCCAUUAGAUAAAGAUAUAAAAUGUGUGAUUUUAUCAAUUUAUCAUAUUGAAAUUGAUAUUGAAACUUUUAGAGAGCUUUUAUUAUUCCAACUUCCAGAUAUUAUCAAUCAAGUUGACCAAGUUUCAAUUAGAAUGGAAGGUGAUGAUGAAUAUUUAUCAAGUUAUAUAAUCGUUAUUUUAAAUACAUGUAUAGAUAAAGAGCAAUCAAUUUAUAGAUUAAAAUCUUUAUUAAAUAUAAAUGGUCUUAAAUAUUGGAUGAUUGAUAGAUCUUCGUUUCAUUUUGAAGAUGAUAAUAUUAAUGAUUUAAGUCAAUCUAAAAAUAAAAAUUAUUCAAUUAGAAGUUUUGAAUAUGGUAAUAUGUCAAGUCCAACAAAAUAUCAUGGUAUUGGUCAAUUGGAUGAUUCAUUCGAAUUGUUUUAUGGCAAAAGAGAAAUGUUUUUCACAAAAAAAACUAGAUUUCAAAGAUAUAGAUUAAAUUUAAAAUUAACCGAUAUUGAAAGUACAUUUUUACUUGUAAAUGAUAAAUAUCAAAAUAUUGUUCAUAUCCUAUUGAUUGUAAAAAGACCAUUAAUUUUCGAGGAAGAGAAAAAAACACAUAUAGUUUUUUGGAAUAAAUCAAAACCAAAGAAAGAUGAUUUUGGUCAAGCAUUUGUAUAUAGAUUAACAUUAUCAACAAUAGAUAAUGAAAUUAAAGAAGUGAUUAAACCAUUGAUAGCCAAUGGAUUCAGAAUGUAUGAAUCAUCUUUAGAGUUAAAUUGUUUUAUUCAAGGUGGUAUUAACAAAAAUAACAAUUGUAUGAUUAUCGAUUUAAAUUUACAAUAUAUUAAAAGGAAUUUGGAAAUUCAUUAUUUAUUACAAUGUUUACAAAGUCAAAGUUCAUAUGGUAGAGUUUUAAAUCAAGAUUUUAUAGUUGAAAUUAAUAAUCUAUUGGCAUUUGGUAAACAAGAGGAAGCAGAGUUCAUUAUAACAUCAUUGAUUUCAAAGAGAACUAAAUUCAUUAAUUAUAAAGAAUUCAUAGGUGAUUGUUUGAAAAAUUUUUUACCCGAUCCUUAUUAUGCAAAGAAAAAGGAUCUCUCAACAAAGAGUGGUGAAUUUACAAUGAUUCGUGAUGUUUUUAUAACACCAAGUAGAACUAUUUUCAUUCAACCAACACUACAAAGAUCAUGUAGAGCUGUUCGUAAAUUUGGUUCAUCCAAUUUCAUUGUGGUUAAAAUUGUAAAUGAAUCAUUGGAACCACUUCAAGGUGUAAAUAAUAAACAUCCACUUCAUGAGAAUAGAAUUAAACCAAUACUUGAGGGUGGUAUAUUGGUUGGUGGUGAAAUCUAUUCGUAUGCUGGUAAUAGUAAUAGUCAGUUAAGAGAAUAUUCAUCUUGGUUCGUUUCUAAUCAAAUUGGUACACAUACGGUUAAAAUUUGGAGUGGUAUAGAGCAUGUUGAUAAUGUUAGAAAGUUUUUCAGAUGUAUUGGUUUAAUGUUUUCAACAACGAUUCCAACAGUUACAUUACCACAGAAUCGUAUCUAUAGAAUCCAAGAUAUCACCAGAAAUACCCAUGAAUUCACCGAGGGAUGUGGUGAAAUUGGUCCAGAACUUGCUAAACAUUUAAAUGAAAAUUAUAAUUUCAGACCAUCAACAUGUGCAUAUCAAGUUAGAAUAGGUGGAAAUAAAGGUGUGUUGGUGGUAAACAAUCAAGCACCCGAUCCAUCUGGUAUUUAUAUUAGACCAAGUAUGGUGAAAUUCAAUCCAAUCGAUUGUGGUGAUGAACAUAGAACAUUAGAGAUUUGCAGUGUUUCGACAACUUCAAGAUGUAAAUUAAAUAGACAAGUCAUCAGUUUACUCUCAACAUUGGGUACACAAGAUAAUGUUUUCUUUGCAUUACAAGAUCAUUAUCUAAAUCAAGUGGCUCAAAUCGUAAAUGAUACCAAUGCUUCCAAACAAGCAAUCGUUGAAUUCUUUCCAGAUAUUACAGAGGGUGAACUUUAUCAAGAUCCUUACAUUCGUAGAAUUUUAAUUAGUCUUUAUAAAUUAAAAAUGGAGAGAAUUCAACAAAAAUGUCAUAUAGAGAUUAAAGAUAGUAGAAUGUUGUUGGGUGUUUGUGAUCCAACAAAUUCAUUACCACCAAAUACUGUAUUUGUUCAAUUGGAAGAGGAAGAUGAAGAUGAUGAUGAUGAUGGUCGUAAAUAUGAAAAAGUAAUCGAAGGAUUGGUAAUGGUAAUUAAAAAUCCUUGUACUCAUCCUGGUGAUGUAAGAUAUCUAAAGGCUGUUGAUAAUAUAAGAUUAAGACAUUUAAGAAAUGUAUUGGUUUUCUCAACAAAAGGUGACGUACCAAACUUUAAAGAAAUUUCAGGUUCAGAUUUAGAUGGUGAUCGUUAUUUCUUUUGUUACGAUAAAUCAUUGAUUGGUAAUCGUUCAGAAUCAGAGACAGCCUAUUUAGUUGUCGAGACCGUUUCAAACAAUGAUAAAAAGGCCAAUGUUUUCAAUGAUCCAUUUGCUUUAUCCUCAAUGUACUCUACAAAUGCUGAACGUCAAGAACUUGGUAAAUUGUAUCAUUCACAUUUGGCAAUCUCUGAUCAAUACGGUGCAAAUCACAAAUAUUCAAUUCAAAUCUCUAAAGAAUGUUUUAAAGAAAUUGAUUAUCCAAAAACUGGUAUUCAUGGCACUAUUCCAAAAGAAGUAAACAUUCGGUUACAAACUGUAGGUUAUCCACAUUAUAUGCAAAGAGAGAAUUCAACCAGAGUCUAUUAUCAAUCGAAAAAAAUUAUGGGUAAAAUGUAUGAUCAAAUUGAUCAGUUGGUUUAUAUUGGUGAUUUCUUACCAAAUAUUAGUCUUGAUAAAAGUAAUUUGGUUGAUGGCUAUGAAAUCUAUUUAAAUAGUGCUAAAAUCUUAUAUAGUCAGUAUAAACUUCAAGUUCAUUCAUUGUUAAGACAUUAUUCAGCAGAAUCUGAAGAAUCUAUAAUGAUUGGUUUCCUUGAUCAAGGUUUCAUUAGUGAUAAAGUUUCAAAAGAUAUCAAAGGUGAAAUGAAAAAUGAUUACAUUAAAAUUCAACAAACUUUUGAAAAUGAGUUUUUAAAGGAAUUUGGUGAACAACACAAAGAGAAUUGUUUAUUGAUUCAUAGAGUAAACAUUGAAAAGAAGGUUUCAGCUUGGUACCAUGUUGCAUAUAGUGAUUUGAAAGAUGAUAGAGCAUUAGGUUUCUAUUGGAUUGCUCGUUCGUUCAAACAGAUGACAUUGGAUCAAGAAAGUCAAAAGAAAAAAAAUAUUUUGGUUAAUAGCAUCUUGGAUCAUAUGAACAAAAAAAAAGAUACUUUAUUCCCAUUAUACGAAAGUCGUUUAUUGAUUGUCAAAGAAUUAACAUCAUUUUUAAAUACGUUAAAUGAUACAGUAUUUAAAGAAUCAACAUUGGAAAUUAUUGGUUCAACCGCUACAAUGUUAUUUGAUGAAAAUUCAAAUUUAAAUUUAUACUUAAAACUAGAGAAUCAAAAUGAUCAUAUGAAUUUAGCUGAAAAGAACGAAAUUUUAAAUCAAUUAAAAGAUGAAAUUAAAACAUCCUCUUUUAUAUCAGCUGAAGCUUGUUCAAUUAUCAAGAUCCAAGGUGACAUUCCAUUAUUUAAAUUCAAAAUAGAUAAAAUUCAAUGUUUAAUUGGGCUUGAAACUAGUAAAUGGUAUGAAACAUUGGUACAACAACAAUACAUUACUAAAAAUCCUUCAAUUUUAUCAAUAUUGUUUUCAAUCAUUGAUUGGAGUAUUAAUUCAUUGUUUGUUGAUAGUGAAACUGGUGAAAUUAUAAAUAAUUCAAAGGUUUAUUCAUCUUUAAACCUUCAAAAAGUUAUAGUUGAGAAUUCAAUGAUACCAAGUAUAUUCAAUAAUAAAAAUCAUAACAAUAACAAUAAUAAUAAUAAUAAUAAUAAUAAUAAUAAUAAUAAUAAUAAUAAUAAUAAUAAUAAUAAUAAUAAUAAUAAUAAUAAUAAUAAUAAUAAUAAACAUAGUGUAAAGAAUCUUACAAAAUCAAAUUUGUUCUCUUUGUUAAUUGAUUUUUGUAUUAUCAACAAGUAUAUAGAUAAAUGUAAUCCAAAUGAACUUACAAAUACUACAUCCAAUUUAACAAUUGGAAAUUGGGUGAAAUUGAUAGAAAUAGCUUCAAGAUACUUUUCAGUGGAUAAUAAUAACAAUAAUAACAAUAAAGGUCAUAAAAGAAAGAAAAACAAAAAUUUGGAUGAAUAUAAUACAAAUAAUUUAGGUGAUACAAUCUUAUCAUUUUUUAGAUUCUAUUCAGAUAGUUUUGGACGUUCAAUCUAUGGAAAUGAACCAUUCAUUAUUAAAUUGUUUUCUAAAGAUGCCAAUGAUAUUGAAAAUCAAAUACUCAAUCCUUCAACUGAAUCACAUAAAACUGCUUUAUUAUUUUAUCAAGAAUCAUUUAGACAUGCAUUUCAUUCUCUUAGUACUUUUGUUAGCGUUGAAGAGUUCUUAUCAAAUUGUUUAAAAACUACAAAAAAAAUAAUGCCAAUUAAAAAAAAUCAAAUUAAUCUUUUACAAGAGAGAAGUGUAAAUGAAGAAAUAGUUAAAAAUGUUCAAUUAUGUGGUUGUAGUAUUAAAAUUGAUACAAAUGUUAAAAAUCCUUAUAUUUUAAUCGAUGGAAAACCACAACAAAUAAGAUUGGCUCAAAAUGCAAUUAGAGAUCUCUUGUCUAUAAAAACUGAAAACUAUAAUUUGGCCAUCACAAAAAGAAAUAAUAAAAGAAAGAAUUUUACAUUGGGUGAUUUUGCUAAAAAUAAAAUAAAAUAA